CCUCCCUUUCCGGUGAUGGGACUACGAGUCCCAGCAAGCACCGCGCGGCGCAAGGCUUCCGGUCUGGCGUCUGACGUCUUCCCCGCCACUGAAUCGGAAGUUCUGUGCCGCAGUUGCGUGGAAAUGGGCACCGGUGGGCGGAGUGGGCUUCGGCCGGGCAAGGGGAACACCGAGGGGGUGACAGCAGGAAAGGGGAAGCCGGAUGGGGUGGCAGUGACUCCUGCUGCUGCUGCUGCCUCGGCCUCCUGCCAGUACAGGUGCAUCGAAUGCAACCAAGAGGCCAAGGAGUUGUACCGAGACUAUAGCCACGGCGUGCUGAAGAUAACCAUCUGUAAAUCCUGCCAGAAACCUGUAGACAAAUACAUUGAAUAUGAUCCUGUUAUCAUCUUGAUUAAUGCAAUUUUAUGCAAAGCCCAGGCCUACAGGCAUAUUCUUUUCAACACUAAAAUAAACAUGCACGGGAAACUCUGCGUUUUCUGUUUGCUUUGUGAGGCGUACCUGCGAUGGUGGCAGCUUCAAGAUUCCAGCCAGAGCACUGAUCUUGACGACUUUAUCAGAUACGCCAAGGAGUGGGAUUUCUAUAGAAUGUUUGCAAUUGCUUCUCUAGAACAAGCUGCCUAUUUCACCGGCAUUUUUACCUUCCUGUGGGUCGAACGACCCUUAACAGCGAAAAAAACACCCAACUUCGUUUUGCUGCUGAAAGCGUUGUUGUUAUCCAGCUACGGAAAACUCUUACUGAUCCCAGCUGUCAUCUGGGAGCAUGACUACACCCCACUGUGCCUCAGGCUCAUUAAAGUAUUCGUCCUUACAUCAAACUUUCAGGCAAUUAGAGUGACCCUAAACGUCAGCCGUAAGCUCUCCUUUUUGGCCAUCUUGAGUGGUUUACUGGUGGAGAGCGCCAUGGUCUACUUCUUCCAGAGGAUGGAGUGGGCCGUCGGAAGUGACUGUGCCAUCUAUAAAUCUCAAGACUUUUGAAGAGGGCCUGGAGCGCCUCACCAGACAGUCACCUAACCAGACAGUCACCUGCUUCUCUGUGGAAUGAAGACUCCAAAACUCAAGUCUGUGGUGCCCAGCUCAGUGCCCACAGUCGAGUUCCAGAUCUCCUGAGACCAUCCCAGCACCCAGCACCCAGCACCCUGCCCCUGCUUCUGUCACUGCUCCUCCUUGUCUAACUAUCCAUUGUCAUUUCUGGUUAGGAAAAGGUCACCUGUCCUUGACAGCCAUGUGAAACCUUUAUCCUCCUGUGUGUUAGCUCGUAUUUUAUACGUGUUUGUGUCUUCUAUUGAAAUUCCAUGUCUUUGUGCCAGAUUCCUGCAACCCGGGUAACAGUUUGGUGCCAGGAGAGACCAGACCCGAGGUUACUCUGUGUCACAUCCCGUUGGACAGGGACUGUCACAUCCCGUUGGACAGGGACUGCCCUGAUAAGUAUCUGUCGAUUUGACUUUCAGCAGAAUGUGCCAUUCUAAAUACUUCUUUUAUUAUCCACAGUUUCAUUCCUUACUCUCUGUGGCAUGACCAGCUGCAUCCGUAAACUAAAAGACAAACUACAGACCAAGCUGCUCCUUAUUGUUGAGACAAAUGAAGCAAAGAUCUGGAUGUACUUCCUGAAAAAGAAAGCAAUGGUUAUUAGAAACUCCUGCCCCUCCCCCCCACCCCACCCCCACAGGCAGGAAACAACCAAAUCACGUGCAGACACACACAGACACACACCAACACCAGGGGUGUCGCCGCAGGGAUGGUGUACGCACCAAGUGAAGGCUCAUACGUUGUAGGCAGUUCAGGUGAGCAUCUGAAUUGAGAGGAGCGUGAGUUCAUGGUCUGCGAAGAUCUGUGUUUCAUUCCUUUGUCAUAUUUAUAUCUUUUUAAUUUAAGUGUUAAUGUUGAAAGUAAUGUCUCAUGUUCUUACAACAAUAGGAACACUUUUAAUAAAGUCACAAUGAACUGAG